UCGCUACAACAUAAGUGCACUUUACACUUAUUUCAAAAGCACCAUUGAGAAUUAAAUCUCCAAAAUCAUUGCAGAAUAACCAGUCGUGCAGCAAUGGAAGCUCAAGGUCAAGGCGAUGAAUUUGCAAUUGGAUGCCUACUUUCAAUCAAAACGACUCUCGGCGAAGAAUUCCAAUCCCAAGUCAUCUCCUUUGACCGCCCUUCCAACCUCCUCAUCCUUCAAGAGGAAUCGAAAUCUGGGGCAGGCCCAAAGAGGAAUAUUAGGUUGCUCAAGGCUAAUUACAUUAAAGAAUUCACUUUUUUAGGGCAAGGUGAAGACCCACUUGAUGUAAACAAGUGUUUUCUCGAUCUCAAUACUCUUCAGUCCAAAGAAGACUCUGCUAUUAGACAAGCUGAGGCUGAGGCAGAGAGGAUUGGUGUGGGAGUUACACCACAAGCUCAAAGUCUUUUUGAUGCUUUGUCCAAAACGCUCCCUGUUCGCUGGGAUAAAAGCACUAUUGUUGUUAUGAACGAGGUGAGAGUUAGCAGCCCUUAUCUCCCUGAAUCAGUUACUGGAGGAACCCCUGCUGCCAAUGAACGUGUUCGAAAAGUGGUCGAGUUUGAGAAGAAGAGAUUGCAAUCUCGCUAUGGUGGUCAAUGAAGAAAUUAGCAAAAAUUUCGUUGAGGUAGUUUCUUUGAACGUAAUGAAGAGAGAGAGAGAGAGCAUGACAUAUGAGGUAAGAUUGUCACCUUCACUUGUAACACCUCAUUGGAUGAGUAAAUUAUAAUCUCUGAUACAUUAGAUUUUACUUAAAAAGAUUUUGUCGUACUUGUUUGUCUCGAAUCAACAGUCUAUGCGAUUAAUUGUGCAUGAAA